AACGGAAGCGGAUGUUGUUGACGUUUCCUUAGAGUAUCCGGCUAGGAAGACGGCUAGUUUGUAAGCGGAACCCCAUGUACUCGGCGAGUUAACUCACUUUAGGUGCUAAAUUACCGAGGAAUUAGCCCGACAACCUUUGCUGUCUAACAACUAGGACGCUAUUUGAAAAUAUAUUUAGGAAACAAGAUUCGGGCGUUGUCAUUUGCACUGUUUUUAUUAGCAUUGCUAGCUAAUUAAGCUUUGACAAGUGCUUGGCUGCUGACGAGAGAUGGAAAACUGUCAAGCGGAGGAAAUCAUUAACUUGUGUCUUUGAAAGCUAACUUUCUAGCUAUGGGAAGAGCGUACUCGGGGUUGUAGAUAUAUAUUUUUUUAAAGUAUUUAGUUCUAUCUUGUUUGGUUAAAGUCAUGCUGAACUGUUAUAACGACAUUGAAAACUGAUCGUUACACAUUAGUGUUUAUAUCGCUGGCCUUAAUUACCAGAUUAGAUGAUUCCCUUGUCAUUGGCACGUUUGGUUUUGUUUAACUGAAGGUGUUUGCUUAAAUGCAGAGUUUAAAUGUCUGUCUCUUCCUUGUGGGUGUGUGGCAUGGGUUCAGGUGACAGUUUGGAAAGGUAAACAGGACCUGAAACUGUUUGCACUGCUCACAUCUCAUUUCUUGUGCAUUUACUUUGACAUCUAAGUACUUGAAAGAAACAACAUUCCUCUCAACCCUUGGAUUGCACUUUUAUUUGUUGGGGGCGCAGAUAUUAACCUUUGGAUUCGCUGUAGAUCAGAUUAACUUAAAGAUAUGAACUCAAAGGCGUAAGUGGGUGAGUGUCAUGGUGUCUGUUUGGGUCAGGGUUGUGGUGAUGACUGGAUCUUUGGUAUAAACUGCAGCUGUGUGCUCAUUGCUGCGAUCAUCCCCACACUUCCUAACAUGCAACCUGUUCUUGGCCUGUUGAUGCUCUUGGGAGCAUUAUGCCAUUUUGGAGAUGCUAUGUCCCGAGAGGAGAAGCAAAAGUUAAGGAACCAGGUGGUGGAGAUGUUUGACCAUGCUUAUCAGAAUUACAUGGAUCAUGCAUACCCCGCAGAUGAGCUGAUGCCUCUGACCUGCAGAGGUAGGGUACGUGGGCUUGAACCCAGUCGAGGAGACGUUGAUGAUGCACUUGGGAAGUUUUCUUUGACCCUCAUAGACACCUUGGACACUUUGGUGCUGCUGAAUAAGACGACAGAGUUUGAAGCUGCUGUCAGGAGAGUCCUUUCAGAUGUGCGGCUGGAUAACGACAUCGUGGUGUCAGUCUUUGAAACUAACAUCCGAGUCCUUGGGGGUCUUCUUGGUGGCCAUUCUAUGGCUGUGAUGCUGAAAGAGGGAGGAGGGCACAUGCAGUGGUACAAAGAUGAGCUUCUGCAUAUGGCCAAAGACUUGGGACUCCGACUGCUGCCAGCCUUCAACACCAGCAGCGGCCUGCCUUAUCCCAGGAUAAACUUGAAACAUGGCGUCAGGGGACCAGAGACAAGGACUGGUACAGAAACGGACACCUGCACGGCGUGCGCAGGCACCAUGAUCCUGGAGUUUGCUGCCUUAAGCCGCUUCACCGGAGACCCUGUGUUUGAGGACCAUGCGCGGAGAGCCCUGGACUUUCUGUGGGAGAAGAGACAGAGACACAGCAACCUGGUGGGGACCACCAUUAACAUCCACUCAGGAGAGUGGGUCAGAAGAGACAGCGGCGUUGGAGCAGGAAUAGACUCCUACUAUGAAUACCUGCUAAAGGCUUACGUCCUCCUGGGAGAUGACCUGUUUCUGCAGCGUUUUAAUAUUCACUAUGCAUCCAUUAUGAAAUAUAUCAGCCAGCCUCCUCUGCUGCUGGACGUCCACAUCCACAAACCCCUGCUUCCUGCUCGCACCUGGAUGGACUCCCUGCUGGCCUUCUUCCCCGGUCUGCAGGUGUUGAAGGGAGAUAUCCGUCCUGCUAUCGAAACUCAUGAGAUGUUGUACCAGGUUACUAAAAAACACAACUUCCUCCCAGAGGCGUUCACCACUGAUUUCAGGGUACACUGGGCACAGCAUCCCCUGAGGCCCGAGUUUGCAGAGAGCACCUACUUCCUUUAUAAGGCCACAGGAGACCCUUACUACCUGGAGGCAGGUCGCACCAUCCUGGAAAACCUCAACCGCUUCGCUCGGGUUCCCUGUGGUUUUGCUGCUAUGAAGGAUGUGCGCACUGGAAGCCACGAAGACCGAAUGGACUCCUUUUUCCUCGCUGAGAUGUUUAAAUACCUCUUCCUGCUGUUUGCUGAAGCUGAAGACAUUCCCUUUGACGUGGAAGACUACGUCUUUACAACAGAGGCACAUUUACUCCCUCUGUCUCUCUCCACAGCGCCCAACUCAUCAUCCAUUCCCUCUAACAGAACGUCUGAGGAGGAGCUGGAUGACUCCAACUUUGACUGGACGUGUCCUAACACUCGGCUCAUGUUUCCCGAUCCCGCCUUCCCUCGCAGCCUGAGAGAGCCAAUUCGAAGUGCCGUGGACAAGAGCUGUCCCCGUCCUGCCCCGUACAGGGAACCUGGCAUGGGCCGUCCUCCCUUGAGAGCUCAGGACUUCAUGGCGAACAAUCCUGAACACCUGGAGCUGCUUCGGAGGAUGGGCGUUAGUCUCAUCCACCUGAAAGAUGGCCGGGUGCAGCUGGUCCAGCAUGCUACUCAGGCUGUGAGCGCAGUAGCAGCAGAGGACGGGGUGCGUUUCAUGCAGGAGAUGAUGGAGCUGUCGAGCCAGCAGCAGAAGGAGCAGCUUCCUCCCAGAGCCAUCCAGAUCGUCUCCCAUCCGUUCUUUGGCAGAGUGGUUCUAACUGCUGGACCAGCACAGUUUGGCACAGACCUGUCCAAAAGUUCCACUGGGGUACGAGGUUUUGUGACCGUGGCCGAACCUUACAGCGGCUGCACUGAGAUAACAAACGUCGAGUACGUCCAGGGCCACAUCGCUUUGCUGCAGCGCGGACAGUGCAUGUUUGCAGAGAAGGCGAGGAACAUCCAGAAGGCCGGCGCCAUUGGAGGCAUAGUCAUCGACGACAAUGAGGGCAGCAGCAGCGACACAGCUCCUCUGUUUCAGAUGGCCGGAGACGGCCGCAGCACAGAUGACGUCACAGUGCCUCUGCUCUUCCUGUUUCAUAAAGAGGGGAACAUCCUGCUGGAGGCGCUGAAGGAGUACAGAGAGGUAGAAGUUCUUCUGAGCGACAAAGCCAGAGACAGAGCAACUAUAUUCAAAGGUAAACCUCUGCCUGGAAGUCUGAUUGAGGGCAGUGUAAAUGUGCAAGAGGAGGAGGAGGACUGUCAAACCGAAGCAACGACUCCCACUUCAUUCGAACCUGUUAGCCAGUCACAAAUGAGCACAGAGGAGCAGGAGGAAUCUUCUCCUGAGGAAGUUACUCCUGCUCAAGAGGAGGUCAGUUCUGCAGGAGAAGUCAGAACAGAGGAGGAAAACAGAGCCAUAGAACCACAGGUAGAUGCUGCUCAGCCCCAACAGGAGAGAGACUCUGAGAAGACUGAAGAGCCUCAAGGUGACACAGACUCAGACAGCCAUUCAGUGGAUGAACUGCUAGCUGAUUGGCGGGAAGACUUGGAGGCUUUUAAGCAGAUGGAGAAAGACGAGCUUUGACAGCAAUUAUAAACAUCUCUGCUUUUUAACUGUGGUUUUGCCCCAGCAAAGGGAGGGGACCCAGAGGGGGCAUAUAUUCACACAGAGGGGGCCAUCAAAGCUUUAUUUUACAUUGUGGAAAGGUUUUACCCUCAGAAGUUGCCCCCUUUAUUGUAACCGCGCGAGUCGCUGGGUAGAUCACGAGUAAGAGACCAGGGAUCUUACCUUACUGUCUGAAACGGCUUCUGUCUGUGUGUCUUUAUUUGAACAAGUUGGACCAGAUUGAUUAACAGCUUAUGUAACUGUACCAUACUUUCCAUUCUGCUUCUUCUAACUGUUUUCCUGUCUAUGCAUUUCUGACUGUUUUUACUUAGAUGAGCUUCCUUCUCACCCGUAAAUCAAUUGACCAGUGUAAUACGUUUGAAUGUGCAGAUUACAUGUGAUUAACUGUUUUA